GUUCGAAGGUGACAUUGCUUCUGAAGACAGAAUGCGUAACUCUCGGAUGCCAGUCUCGUGGUGGCGGAUGCUUGCUCAUUGAUGCAGCGCAUUUGUAAACGGUCGACUCAGCUGCAGUAACACAGGCAUCAUAUUGCGACCGGUAGUCUGUAUGUGGCACGACAGGAGAACACAGGAUGCUAAGAAAAAUCAGCUUUUUCUUCAAGUCUUCUUCGAACAGUCAAUGAUGUCUGAUGGCAACAAGUGUAUUCUGUUAACUGUACAAGGGGACAACCAUGUCUUCCGACAGUGAUGGAUAUGAGCCCUCUGACUCUAGCACCAGGCCUAGAGUCAUCCGAGCUAGGCACCCAAGGUCGUCAUCUUCAGCAACAGAUGACGUACAAGUGUUAACAUCUUCAUUAAGGAGUACAAGUCGAAAUUUGAAUGCUGUAGAUGGGCUGCUUGGCCACUAUCGAGACAGCAACAAAAGACAGAAUGCUGCCAUCGAGAGGUUAAGAGACAACCUUGCUCGCUCUACCGAAAGUCUUCGUCAAGAGCGACUCAAUCGUUUAUCAUCUCAGCAGGGCAGUCCCGGUAGUGGCAGUCGACCACUGAGGGCAAGUGACUUGCGGGAGACCAGCGGUCGAAGAAAAUACCAACCAACUUCACCCCAUGAUGAUUAUACAAUUACAAGAGGAUCGAAGCGAUUGAAGGGAAGGCACAUGAGGAGACCCUCUGUAAAAUUCACUGAUGAGUUGGACGAGAUUCAUGACAUUCAUGAGACGGUAAGAGAUUUAAGCGACAAUCAGAUUCGCUUGGAGCAGGACCUCGACCAGGCGAUUCAGCUCAGGAAUCAAGAUCGCAUUGACAGUCAAAAAGCCCUGCAAGAGCUCUCAGACAGUGUCAGACAAUCGCAGAGGAAGGAGGAAGAACAGAAGUCUUCUCAGAGGGUGGAUAAGAAAUUACAGGCCAUCCAAGAGGAAUUACGACAGCACAGGAUCCACCAGGAGGCUCAGGAAAAGAGGAAGAAAGAAACUGGGCAGCUGUCUGUUGAACUGAAGCAGGCAAUAGCAGCCCAGUCUAAGCAGGAGGAGAAGGAGAUGAGAGAACGCCUCUUGAAGGCAGAAACUGAGAAGCAACAACUAACCGUGCAGCUGGAGACAGCCCAACGAAAACUGGACCGAGCCCAAGGGGUGAAAGCAGCCAUGCAAGAUCAGAUUGAGGAUUACAAAAAUCGUUUGAGAUUCUCUGACCAUGAGCGGUCCAUCAUGCAGGAUAGAUUCUCAGACCUGCAAGAAUCCAUGGAGCAAGAAGGGCUGCCUUUAAGCCGGACAGACAGGAAACAUCAACGACUACAAGAAACUAUUGCAAAGGAGGAGAAAGACCGGCAGGUCUUGGAGGGAGAGAUCCAACGAUUGAAAGCACAGCUGACUCAGUCCCAGUCCAAGCAGGAUCACCAGAAAUACCAGCGGGAAUUGGAACGUAGUGAAAAACAACGAGACCAGUUGUCACAACACUUGGAGAGUGUCACUAAGGAGCUGGAGAACAAAGAGAGGCAUGCCGCUAAACUGGUCACUGACCUGCAGGACGCCAGUGAGAAUCUCAAGGCAAGUCAGGAGCAUGAGAAAAUUGCCGUGGCCCGGCUGAAGGAGCUUGAGAAGAGACUAGCCGAUGGCGACAGGAAAGCAGAGCGGCAGGAGGAGAGACUACUGGAGCUGGAGAGGUUGCUGGAAGAAGCUCGGUACAAGAAGGACGAUAUGAGGACCAAGGCCAAAGACAAGAUAAGGCAAUGGAAGUUAAAGUGUGCUAAGCUGCAGAGAGACGCAGACACUCUCAAGCGUCGCUUGUCUCAAGCUGUGGAACGUAAUCAACAUUUGCUGACUGACAAUGAGUCACAUCGGACACUGAAUGGCACCUCCACACACCGCUUGGACAGCUUGCAAAGAGAAAUCAAUGAUACCCUGGAGAAACGUGCCCAGCAAGAUGAACAGCUUCGCCUCAAGGAUAUCGAGAUAAACGAGCUGAAGUCGGUGCGCAAGGAUUUGGAAUUGGAACUGCGAGACACAAGGAACUUCAUGGACAAGUUGGACAAUGAGCUGAGAGCACACCAAGUCAGGUACAACGUCCUAGCCGAUGAAAAGCUCAGACUGGAGGAGGACUUGAAUUCCUUCAAAACCAAAACUCAACUGGCAGAGGACCACAUGCAGAAAUUACAGAGUGAAUGGCAUAAAUCCAAUGCCCAGAAGACAGAAUUGUCCGCUCAGCUAGCGGAGGAGUCUGGCAGUCGUCGCGUCGCCGAAGCCCACAUAAGACAACUGACUCAAGAUAUUAAGAUAGCUAAGGAAGAUGCUGAUCGACUCACACAGCAACUCAAACAGGAGAAGCGUGACCAUGAAAUGAACAUGGAAGAGUUGCAGAAGGAGAACGAAGAGAAGAAGAGUCAGGGAGAACGAAUGAUCAUGGACCGAUCCAAUCGCCUGAAGCGUGAACGAGCCGAGAUGGAAGCAGAACUGCAGACCCUCAAGCUUGAAAUUGCGGACAGCCAGUCUCAGCUGAAGACGCUGAGACGUCAGUUGGAAGAAAGCCGCUCAGAUGCCGAGAAAGCAAAGACCGAGCUGAUGAGCGCAGAGCAGGAGAAUGGAAAACUGCGACGGAAGUACGAACGCGCAAAAACUGGUUAUCAGGAACAAGCUCAGCUCGCUGAGGUAGAAAACAUCCGGGCGUCCAAUCUAGAAAAACGUCUUAUAGGUGUGUCAAGCCAACUGAUGGAUCAAGACUUGGAGAACGAAAGUGUUCUGCAUGCCAUCAAUCAGGAGGUCGAUCGUCUUGUGGAGGUUUGUGCUGGACAGGACGAGGUACACAGGGCCAUCUCGUCCCCGACCAGAGACGUGAAGCACAAGCCACAGCACUGGCUCACGGAAAUCAAGGGUAAAUUGCAAUGGGUAGAGGAGGAAAUGAGCAGAAAGCUGGCCCAUCAGAGGAAACUCCGGCAAGACCUGGAGCGCAGCCGCACCGACGCGGACGAGGUGGCCCGCUAUGGCGAUCUCCAGAACAGACUGCUGCGGUCAGAGCUGGACAAACAGAGUGGCCUGCUGCACGAACUCGAACAGAAUAAUCAAGAUUUGGUGGCAAGCAAAAGGCAGAAGGACAUAGUGGUGAAGUCUUUGGAGAAGCAAGUGGAUAAGUUGGAGCAUCACAUUGAGAUGAAUGUCAAAUCGCUACGUCGCAGCCUUGAACUGAUUCCAGACCUGGACAGCCCACCGAGAGACUCUCCCGCGCAAGACUAUAAAAAACUCAAGGACCUACAAGAAGAACGUGACCGCAUCAAUGACAGAUACAAUAGGUACAAAGGAACGGUCACUCUCUUACAACAGCAGUUGGAGGAAGCUAAGCAGUCGACCGGCUUCCAAUCCCCAGGAACGAGUCCCCUUGUACAAAGUUACAAGGGCAAUCGAAUAUCUCCAGCCUCUUCAAAUCUCUCCUUGAAGAAGCACAGAAGUCCAGAGACAGACUCACGAGGAAGGCAUCCAGCUAAGGGGCUUUCAGAUCUGAUUGGUAAAAGCGUGUCACCGUCUUCUAAAAAGAGAGCACCUUACAGAUUGAUGCCUCCGGACAGCAGCGAGAACCCAUCAUCCGCGUGUCUUCCUCGACAUUUGUUAUGAUGAUAAAUCGUGUGCAUGAUAUAUCUGCUGCCCAGUGUUAGUUAAUAUUUUUGACCCUGGAAGAUUGUUUAUUUUCCUUUUACAGCGCAUCAUUCCAAAUUGUCUCCAGCUGAUGACGCAUUUUUGUCUCUGCGGGCGAGGGACUUGUAAGGCCCAACAUACCAAAGCGAGGAUCGUUUGUCUGGGCCCUUGACACUCUGCACUCAACCACGGAUAGCAGUUUACGCUGUUCACGGGAGCAUAUUCUCAACUGUGAAUCGCUGUACAAAUGAGAACAUUAAUGGCAGUAAUAAGUAAAGUGCACUUUAUCUAGCAAUCGCUGGUGCUUGGUGGAUCAGUGAAUAAAGCAGGACACUGCCGGCAGAUACCAGUGAAACUAGGUGUAUCCAGGGUAUCGUGUUCUUGUGAAUAGCACAUACUGUUCAUUAAUCAUGAAUGUUAUUACAAAUGAAUGUUUAUGCUUGGAGGAUACGCCAUGCGAGGAUGACGAUGAACCAUGAACAGUUAAUGCAGAACUAUUGUUGUCUUUCCUGUUCCCGCGUCACAGCUGCACUUUUUUGCCCAUGCCAAAUCGACAAAACAUGAGCGCCGGCAAAAGCAAAACCAAUUAUUUCCAACAAACUUGAGCAUCCUUUCAGUUGUAUUGUACGAUUAAAUGUGUUGAUACACUUUAUAAGAGAAAAUACCGCCUAAAUGACUUAAAGCGCCCUACCUCUUUCAAAAUGGUGGUCAAUUGUUAGGAUAACAAAAAAAGACUCUACCAGAUACGGUUCUUUCCCAUGAAGUUUAAACUGUAUUGGUAAAUAAACCGCGGCGUUCAUUACCAAAUUAGUAGGCCUACAGUUUAGGGUUGGAUGAGUCCAGUUGUGUAUGAAGACUGUUUUUAUUAUUCAGGUGGUAUUUUUGCGGCCUGUAGCAUAAAUGACCAAUUUGCUGUGAUGUUAGCGUAAUAUAGAAAUAUUUAUAGAGGUAUUUAUUGGUUAAUGGGCAUUCGUUUGCCGACUUCUUUUGUGUGGAAGCCAUUUAGUCGUAGCAAAGUGUACGUUUGAUUCUGUCUCUCUCUCACGCCAAGGAGAUAGUGAAGGUUGUCUACAGCCUACCCAAUUUGCUAUUCGAAAUGGUAGUCUUCUUCGCAGUGUUACUUCCAGAUGGGGUGUAACAUAGCGGCGAUGAACAAUUGAAUCUUGGUUGGGAAUCGGGAUGAAAUUUUUUAAACACUCUCUGUUCAAACUCACACCACUGUAUCUCCCUUGCCCUACUUUGAUAAGUUACAUCACAUCUAAUGUGUUUGCGGUGAAAUUACCCCGUCACGUGCAAGAGGGCUGUCGGGGGAAAAUAUCCAGCGCUACCAACUUGUGUGAUUUUAGAAAGUCAACAGUUCAAUUGGAAGGCAUUUGUACGUUGGCACGAGAUUGUAUUUCCGCGGUGUGUUUGCUUGAGAGGAAUCGGGUAUUUAUUUAGUGAUAUAUUAUGUCGCUUUAUCGCGCAGUGACGGUGGCACGUUGACAGGAAUGGCGUCAUUUAUUUUACUGUAUGGAGACUUCAGUGCGGGAAGACUUGAGAGUUGGGUAUCAAGACACGCAAUCAGGCAUAGGGUGUAAGAGGCUAAGAGCGCGAUGUCUCUCCAACUUUUGAAUAUGGGUUUUGAAGUCAGGGCAAGGGUGACGGUAAUGUUGAAUAAGCUUAUACGUCGUGUUUGUAAUGAUGGCUAUUGGACAUGGUCGAUUUAUUCCUGGGUACGUUUAUGGAGGAUGUUUUGGGUGUGUGUUUUUUAGCGAAGAUAAGGAAUAUGCAUAGACAUCUUAUAAACUAAUUUGAAGAGUUGCCUUCAUAACUGUGAUUGCUUAGCACUCGCGAGUAUUCUUCAACUCGACUGGCGCAUGUAGUCCUGGCUAGCUCCGGCACCUAUUGGUCAAAGAGUCAUGUAACACGCGCGUACCACCUGUCCACGUGUGUGGUGUCACCGCAGUGAAGUAUUCGUAUUCUGGCUGUCCAGUUAGUUUACAGGGAGAGGUUUUCGUAACAGGUAAUUUUUGAAUGUGCGUAAGAACCUAAUCCUCUCGUGACAGUCUUUUUGCGCCUGUAAAAACCGACAGUAUACAGUCGACUGAUUUAUUUUUUGAUUCACCAAAGCUGUCCCUUCUGUCGACAACAGAGCUCAUAUUAAACUAAACACUUGUUUCUUUGAGGUGAAACGGAGCCAAUUUGGUAUGUUAUUAUUUUGAAUACGCACUUAACUUGAGCGGUGCAUUAUUAAUUUUCAACUACUGGGCAAAAUCUGAAAUGGAGUUGAUGUGUACACUGUCGCUGUCUCACAUAGGCUGUUUUCAUUUGCCACACGGCCCGUGUGUCUCUUGGCGGCAGUGAAGCAGACCAUAGAGGCAGGCGGUGCUUAAUUGAAUGCGUGCAACCCGCUCGAUUCCAGCCAGGCGAGAGAGAGAGAUAUCAGAAAGAGAAGAAAGAUCUUCAUUUUGUCAGGCGCUGCUCACUCCUGGUGCCAGAUUUGUCAUUUUCCUGCCACAUUCCCACUUUCCGGCGUUUGCUUCGGCGCAGUAAUGACGUCAGAGCCCUUCAUGUAACACACUGUGGACCCAUCCCCACGUUGCCAGAUGUCGAUUUGCUAUUACGUUAAAGGUGUUGCGCGCGUGUGAAGUCUGGCCCGCAGAACGCUCGCCUGCAGCUUCUGUUAAGUGUGCGACACUCUCGCAAUAUUAUCUAGUUCCACCGGUUUUUUAUUUGUACAAAUCUGAAAUGAUACAUAUUUAUACAUUUUGCAUUGGUUACAUGUGAUUUUUUUACCUGUAUAAAUUUAGGAUAUUUUAAGGAAAUAAAACUUUUCAGAACAGAUUUCUUGGAAUGUUUUCAUUUAUGAGACAGUACCGUACUCGUAUGCUCCGGCUUGGCCGUGUGUUUUAUAUCUUAGUGCUUCCACUUUGUAAUCUUGUACAUGAUGCACCGACUGUGUAUUUAAGGUGAAACGUCUGAAGAGAAAGUAUCUUUGUUUUGAAUGAUUUUAAUUAACUACAGAGUAGGUCUUCCAUUCCAACAAUAUGUGCUGUUGAUGUAAUUUUCACUUAUAUCUGUAAAUAAUUCAGUAGAAACAGCAAUGCAUAAGACUUUAUGAAAUACAUUGCGUCACCAUUUUCCUAAGUGCUGGGUUUACAGUUCGUGUUUGUACAAAUUCUAACCACUAAAAUUAAAUAUGGAAUAAAAUUUUUGAGGCCAUGCCG